CACCCAGCCCUUCCACCCUUGAUACUCCAACGGGACACAGGGACAGAAGACCCUCCACCUCAGUCUCCCUAUGGCCUGCUUUGCACCAGGCUACUUUUAGCCAGGAGGAUUAGCGCCCCCUUCCUGAGAGUCCCUCUUAGUCUGAGUGCAGGAUUCUAAAGAAGAUUCCUCAGGCCCCCAUCCGGUCCCUGGUUCCUGUGAUCCAAUGACAUCAGGGCUGUGAAUAAUCCAGCGGGCGCCAGGCCAAGCCAGAUGGCUGCUCCCCCUCCGAGCAAGUCCUGUCCACUAGGCACCCUCCCUCGUUGAUCCCGCCCCACCAUCACCCAGCCUCCCACCGGGACCUUAAGAGCAGCAGGCACAGAGCAGAGGGAGCCUGAGCAGCUGAGCAGUGGAGUCUGUGAAUUGAAGUGAAGCUGAGGAAACAAGCAGGAGAAUGAGGCGAGCGUUCCUCUAUGUGCUGCUGCUUUGUGGGGCUGUCUCCACCCUCCCCAGCCAGAAAACCCGUGUCCGCUUCAGAAGAGGCGCCAGGUCCUACAGAGUGACCUGCAGGGAUGAGAAGACUCAGACGACUUACCAGCUGCAUGAGUCAUGGCUGCGCCCCCUGCUCAGAGCCAACCGAGUGGAGUUCUGCUGGUGUAAUGGCGGCAGACCACAGUGCCACUCGGUGCCUGUCAAAGGCUGCAGCGAGCCCAGGUGUUUCAACGGGGGGACUUGCUGGCAGCCCCUGUAUUUCUCAGACUUUGUCUGCCAGUGCCCCAAAGGAUUUAUGGGGAAACGCUGUGAAAUAGAUACCAGGGUUACCUGCUACAAGGACCAGGGCAUCUCCUACCGGGGCACAUGGAGCACAGCGGAGAGCGGGGCCGAGUGUGUCAACUGGAACAGCAGCGUGCUGGUCCUGAAGCCCUACAGCGCACGGAGGCCGGGUGCCAUCAGGCUGGGCCUUGGGAACCACAACUACUGCAGAAACCCAGACAAGGACUCGAAGCCCUGGUGUUAUGUUUUUAAGGCAGGAAAAUACAUCCCAGAGUUCUGCAGCACACCAGCCUGCUCCAGGGGAAAGCAAGAAGACUGCUACUUUGGGAAUGGCUCAGCAUACCGUGGCACCCAAAGCCUCACCACAUCCGGAGCCUCCUGCCUCCCGUGGGACUCCAUGAUCCUGAGGGGAAGGGGUUACACGGCGUGGAGGUUCAACUCCCAGGCUCUGGGCUUGGGGAAACAUAAUUUUUGCCGGAACCCGGAUGGGGAUGCCAAGCCCUGGUGCCACGUGCUAAAAGACCGCAAGCUGACCUGGGAAUACUGUGAUCUGCCCCAGUGCUCCACCUGUGGCCUGCGCCAGUACCAGCAGCCGCAGUUCCGCAUCAGUGGAGGGCUCUACGCUGACAUCGCCUCACACCCCUGGCAGGCUGCAAUCCUUAUAUGGGACCGGAGGUCACAGGAAGAAAGGUUCCUGUGUGGGGGUGUGCUCAUCAGCUCCUGCUGGGUCCUGUCUGCUGCCCACUGCUUCCUGGAGAGGUCUUCUCACGAACUUCAGGUGGUCUUGGGCAGGACAUACAGGGAGAUCCCUGGAGAAGAGGAGCAGAAAUUUGAAGUUGAAAAAUAUAUCCUUCACAAGGACUUUGAUGAGGACACCUAUGACAAUGACAUUGCGUUGCUGCACCUGAAGUCAGCCUCACAGCACUGUGCCCAGGAAAGCAGCGUGGUCCGCACUGUCUGCCUCCCAGAUGCCGCCCUGCAGCUGCCCGACUGGACGGAGUGUGAGCUGUCCGGCUACGGCAAGCAUGAGGCGUCUUCUCCUUUCUACUCUGAGCGACUGAAGGAGGCUCAUGUCAGACUGUACCCACCCAGCCGCUGCACGUCACAACACCUGUUUAACAAAACCAUCACGAACAACAUGCUGUGUGCUGGGGACACUCGCAGUGGGGGGAACCAAGCAAACCUACACGACGCUUGCCAGGGCGACUCCGGCGGCCCCUUGGUGUGCCUGAAGGAUGGGCGCAUGAUGCUGGUUGGCAUCAUCAGCUGGGGCAUUGGCUGUGGGCAGAAGGAUGUGCCAGGCGUGUACACCAAGGUCACCAAUUACCUCUCAUGGAUUCAAGAAAAUAUGGGACUGUGACUGAGGACACCCAGCUCCUGGACUCAAAGGAGACACCACCUUCUUCCUCAUCCAAAGACACUUCUAACACCAAGUGCUUCUUUACAGCAGUUUCUCAACCACCCACCACCCUGUGGCAGGGAGGAGAAUCAAUAGAACAGAACCAAGACUAACUUCUUUUAGAAGAUUUUAGGGACCGAGGUCUGACUUGAGAAUGUCUUCUGUCCGGUGAAAAGACAGGUCGGUAAUGCUGGCCUCUCCUGAGAUCCAGCAGGCAGGAAAGCCUGGUCUCACCGUGGGUCAGGAGCACUGGAGCUGAGACCUCAGGAUAAAGCAGACCCAAAAGUCAGAAAUGACCAAGUCCUCCAGCUAGGACCACCUGGCGAGAACAUGUAUCCACAGUUACAGGAGAGCCGUGGAGGCCUCCAACGGGGGAUGGCCUGGCUGGCCAGAUCACCCCCUCCAAAACCACUCUUGGACUCCUCCCCACUCACUGCACACUCUGGAGGCAUUCUUUACGCAUACAGGAGAUGACAGUCUUUACAAAGACUUUCUAGAAUGGGAGAAUUGUAUCGUCUUAAUAAUCUAUGAGCUAGGCUCUAGCAUAUUUAUAUCGAUCCAUUUUAUUUUCUGUUGUCACAACUUUGUACUAUAUUAUACUUAAAUAAUAAAUUCAGAUAUAUUUUUCACAUUGUUCUCAAA